AUGGAGACGACCGACCGAGAGAGUCCGGGAUCUGGCAGCGGUCAUGGUUGGGCAGCCGGGCCGCCGAGUGCACGAAUGGACACCUCGUGGACCGCGGAGACUGCUGCGGAUAUCGUCGUCGGCGGCGGCGGAGGCGGCGGCGGCGACGGUGGCGGUGGCUACGGCACCUCCGCGUCCC